AGAAGCAGAGAAAAUGGAGAAGUUGAAGCACUGGCGAUGGCCAACUAUUUGAUGCUUCUCUCUCGCGUAAGUCAGACUAAGUCAUCAUGUCCUGAUCGUCUUUUUGAGUGUAAGACUUGCGGCAAAAAAUUCACAUCCUUCCAAGCGCUUGGUGGCCACAGAGCGAGUCACAAGAAACCUAAAUUACUGGCGGUAGACCUUCUUCAUCCAGCAAGUCAAUCGAAGCUUAACACACACAAGUGUUCCGUUUGUGGCCUCGAAUUUGCAAUAGGACAAGCACUUGGUGGGCACAUGAGACGCCACCGUGUGGCUGUGACAGAAGCUAGUAGUAAAGAGUUGACAACAGAGAAUAAACAAUCAGCGAUGCCCGUGCCGGUUUUAAAGAAAUCGAAUAGCAAGAGAGUUAUACGGUUAGAUUUAAAUUUGACACCGGAUGAGAAUUGUGGAGUUGGGAAUGGGGAAGAUAGGUACGAUGGGCUCUCUUACUUGAAUCUUUUUCAUACUCCAAAGCUAUUUUUAUGUGGAAAUUAG